AUGAUCCCUGAUGAACAGGUUCUGAGAUCAGCGUCCGGUGGCCUGGCCCUAGAAGGAAUGUACAAAACUGGAAACCUGGAGGACCUGCUGAAGAAAAGACAUCAACUGCUUGAAGUGCCAGAUUCAUUUAGGCUUCAUGGUCCUGAGCACAAGUAUUUUUAUGAGAAAAAGGAAUUCAAUUCCCGGGAAUCUCAAACAAAGUUUCAGAAGGUCAUAGAAAAACUGGGUAUAAGUUUCAGCCUUUCAGGGAAAAGUCCAAUUUUAGGUUUUGAAUUUGAGGUAAACGCCGAAUAUGAACAUUCUGAAGAAAAGACAAACAAAUCUUCUUCUGAAAACACAUACAUUUUAAACACACAAUAUAACUAUGUGCCACUGGCCUCCUGCUUCAUUGAGAGAGAUAAACUGAAGUUGUGCCACUUUGCCUUGAAUGAGCUGAAAAAAAUUGAAUCAGUUUUGCUGAAUGUAAAUGAGAAGAAUAACCCUCAGUUGCUAAAGGAGGUUGUUGGUUUCUUUCAGACUUUUGGUUCACAUGUAAAUCAAGGUCCUCUUCACUUUGGGGGGAUAUUCUGGUGGACAGCCUCAGCAGAGGGCUUCAGCAACAGUGAGCUGUCAGAAGUGAAGAGUCUAACAUCUUCUGCUUUGAGUGCAUACGCUGGAUUUGGGUCCAUUCUUGCAGGUUCGGGUGGGAUGAGAGCUUCUCUCUCUUACUGCAAAGGCUCCUUUGAAGGAGAAUAUAGUGCCAGUCUUGUCAGUAAAGUUCAGCUUUCUGUCAGCAAGUCCGGAGGACCAGUCGAAACCGAUAAUCCCUUGGAAUGGAAAACGGGUCUGGUGACUUCCAACAAAAGUUGGUGUGUGAUUGACAGGGGAUAUACCCUGGUUCCAGUUUGGGACAUCAUCCUAUCUUCCCACAGAGACGAAUUUAAGAAUGCGCACAAACUCAGCAAAUUCAUCCAGGAAGCAUAUACAGGGAUCACGAAACAGGAUAGACUGGGACUAUGGGAGUCAUACCACAGGAAGAUAAAAAUGGAAGAUGUCCUCCUCGUAAGUAACAUAUCAAGUGCAAAUCCGAACACAGUGGGAAAAAGCUUGUAUCAACAGUAUAUUUACAAGCUUAUGAUGCUGGACUGCAGCGCCAGAUAUUUGUGUUUGAAAGCGACUGAAUCGUCAGGGUCUCAACCACACACUGCUGAAGAUGCAUGUAGCAGUGAUAGUGAUAGUGAUAGUGAUGGUGAUAGUGAUAUUGAUUCAACUGUCCACCCCAUGGAUAUUCAUAUGGCAGUUUUCCAUUGUUCAGAUGAUUUUGUGAGGCAGUACAUUUUUUCCAAACUCUCCACAUGUCAGUUUGCUUUACCUCUCCUGGUACCAAACCCCUUCACGGGUGAAAUAGAGUUCCCUGUGUGGGCACUUCGACAAAUCAAAAAGACCUGGCAGAAUAAACAGCAGCCUAUCUUCAGUGCACAUGUACCUAUUGUGUCCUUUGUGAGGCUGGGGAAAUCCUCAAACUCAAAAUCUCACAUCCUGAGCAACAUCAUCAGCCAACGCAAACACCCAGUGUUUUUCAACAGACAAUGUAAAGGAAGCGUGAGGCACUGUCUCCUGAUGGAUGGGGUUGUGGAAAUCACUUGGUACUGUCCAGGAUCCAAUGAGGGAGACAUUUUUGACAACUGUGUAGCUUUUGCGAAUCUCCAUGGCGAUGCCAGCCAUCACCCCAGACAGCUCCGAUUUCUGCAGGAAGUGAGUGCUUCCACUGUACUACUUCUGUCAGAGAGCCCCCUGGAGGAGGAAGCAAGUAAGACUUUCAAAGAGCUAGAAAGCUCUCCAACGCUAAUUACGCUCCUCUCUGCUAAAAAAAAAAUUGGACGAAGUCAGACCAAUGUUAAAAUUGCAGCAAAGAACAGAAGUGAAGCUGAACUAACUGAAGAAAUCAUCUCCAGUGUCAAACAGUGCCUUUCAACUAAAUUAGAGAGGCCUAGCUUAGCAGCUUGCUUGGAGGUUGCCAGAAAGAGCCAGUUCAGAAUUGAUGAGGACAUUGAACAAUGUAAGGAGGGAAAAGAGCUGGCUCAGCAUAUGAUGAGUUUGCUUAAGGAAGAGAAGAGAGAAGGCAGAAAGGAGGAAGAGGAAUUGAUGAACUUAAAAGGGAGGCAUUUGCCUUUGCAAGGUAAACUGUGGGAGAAUUGGUGCAGGAAGGACAAGCAGCAAUACCGUCUGCACAGCACCGGUGAGAGAAACAACGAGAUGGUAUUGAGUGACAUAAGAUCUGAGAAACAAGCCAUUCGUGUGGAACAACUGAAUAAGGCUUUCCAGCUCAGUGGUUUCAUGAAGUCAUUUCUGCAGUGCUCGCACCAGCCAAAAGAAAAUAAGUCCCUCUAUAUGUUACAAUGGCUUCAUACAUUUCUGGAAGAAUACACCACUGGCACACAUGCCAAACUCCAGGAGAAGUACCACUCAAUAUGGACAGAAAUCCAAGCUAAACCGAAAAGCGAACACGUAAAGGAACUUGUAAAGAAACUUGAAAAGGUGUCUGAGGAGAUCAUAGCAAUGUCAGUGGGGCUACAGCAUCUUAUGAGAGAACUGGGUCAGCUCUAUGAGGCAGUUAAGUCUGUAGCUGUAAGUGAAGACUUCACUGAUAUACAAUGGGUUGACACUCUUCCCAGAAUUGGAGCAGAGCUGCUGAUGGCAGGAUACCCUCUGGAGCUCAUGGACGGAGAUGUGGCUCACGUGCCUCUUGACUGGAUCAGGGCUGUAUUUGACGCAGUUAUACACACACUUGGAGACAAAAGGGUAUUUGUCCUCUCUGUCCUGGGUGUUCAGAGUUCUGGCAAGUCCACUCUGCUGAACACCAUGUUUGGCCUGCAGUUUCCAGUGAGUGCAGGAAGAUGCACCAGAGGUGCAUUCAUGCAGCUGCUGACCGUUGAUGCAGAGAUGAGGGAACAGCUGCAGUUUGACUUCAUCCUGGUGGUGGACACUGAAGGCCUGCGUUCACCAGAGCUCAGCUCUGAAACCACCCUGGCCCAUGACAACCAGCUGGCCACCUUCAUCAUUGGUGUGGGAAACAUGACUCUCAUCAACAUCAUGGGAGAGAAUCCUUCUGAGAUGCAGGAUAUUCUGCAGAUCUGUGUUCAGGCAUUCAUGAGAAUGACAUCUGUCAAAAUAAAAACAAGCUGCAUAUUUGUGCACCAGAAUGUUGCAGAGACGACAGCUAAUGACAAAAAUAAGGAAGGGAGAAGACGUCUUCAAACUAGACUUGAUGAAAUGGCUUGCAUUGCAGCAAAAGAGGAGAACUUGGACAUUAAAAGUUUUUGUGAUAUAAUUCAUUUUAAUGUGGAUUCACACGUGUUCUACUUCAAAAAUCUCUUGGAGGGAGACCCCCCCAUGGCUGCUCCUAACCCCUCCUACAGCCAGAACGUUCAGAAGCUGAAGGACAAGCUGCUCUCUAUUGCUGAAUGGCAGCCAGACUGUCGGCUGCCCUCACUGUCUGAGGUCAAAGUACGAAUCCAAGACUUAUGGGAUGCUCUGCUGCGAGAGAACUUUGUUUUCAGUUUCAGGAACACCUUGGAGAUUUCUGAGUACAGUAAGCUAGAAAAGUCUUAUGGGCAAUGGUCAUGGCGCAUCAGAAAGCAUGCUCUAGAGAAACAGCAAACCUGGUGCAACAAAAUAAACAGCAAACAGGUGAAGGAAGUUUACAUGCCAGAUCUUAUAAAGGAAUUUGAUGAGAUCUACAGACAACUGAAAGAUGAGAUUGAAACAUAUUUUACAGGUGAGGAACACCCAGAAAUCCUGGUUAACUGGAAAGGUGAUGUUGAUAGAAGAUUUGAAACCCUGAAGGACCAGCUCAUUGAAGACACACAGAGGAAGUGCAGGGAUUUGCUCAACAUCAGAAAGUGCGGCUCAGAACUAGAGGGGAGGAAGAUUGGCUACGAGGGAGAAUUGCUCAGGAUGAGUAGAUCUUUAGCCUCAAAACUAAAGGACAAAAAACUGACCAGUGAUGAAAUGGGACCACAAUUUGAUGAACUGUGGACCAAAUGGUUGACAAAAAUAUCCUCUGAGAAAGGUCCGGAAAAACAAGUCGACAUCCAGGCAGUUGUGGAAGCCAUCCUGAACGAUCAAUUUAGAAAGGAAAAACACAUUGCCCAAAAAAUUAGCAAGGCAAUGGUCUCUUUUCAGUUCCAGGUCGACAAACAUGUUUCGCUUAAAUGGUUAGAGAAGCUUUCGAAAAUGUUUCAUUUGUCAGACACUGCAAAUAUUGAGAAAGAAGGUCAGCGACUUACAGAAGAAAUAACUACUAAUGUACAAAAGUACAUUGAAAGGAAGUCAAGAGAAAAUGUGGACUUCAAUGAAAUAUUUUUUCAUGAAAUACUAGAGAGCAUAUCAGAGACUUUGGACAAGUAUGAAAAAGGAGAGAAGCACAUGAAGCUCUUAAAGGAGUAUAAAGUUGACAUCUCCAUUUACACGUGUACAAAGGCAGUCAAAAUGUUCAACAAAAUGCACACAGAUUUCAAGAGGAAAAAUGAUCUGCUGACCUGCCUCGGUGAGAAAAAGAAGCAAUAUUUCAAGUAUUUUAAAGACUCCUGUGAUGGAGCAACUUCUGUCAAGAUUUUUGCCAAUUUCCUGGGUAACCACCUCGGAUCAGCUAUAAAACAAGCAAUGUACAGCAAAGUCAGCCUUCAGAUUGUGGACAAAAUGAAAAGUAACUGCCCAGCUUUCAGUGGAAACCGAGCUAACCUGGAGGACCACAUACUGAAAGAGCUUGCUGAGAGGGAGAACUUUGACCUGUAUGUGGAGUACCUGGAGCGUCCCAAGGAACACUUUGAAAAGUUCAUUAGGCGAAGGGUGGAGGAGUACUGUGGAGACCACAGUUUAACAUCAGAGCUCCUCAAUAGGAACUUGAACAUUUUGGUUGACAAGACUUUGACCGAAAGUUCCAUCGUGACUUCAGAACUGAAAGAGAGAGAUGGCACUAUCUCAAUGUGGCUUGACAAAUUCUGCUCUAAACUUGGGGGUGUUUUCCCCAUCACAAGAGAGAGUUUCAGAAACGUUGAAUGCGAAGGCACUGGUGAUCUGUCAUUCCUCCAGGACAUGAUGGCCCAGUCACUUUCAGACAUGCAGGAAAAGGCAAAGGAAAAAAUAGAAACCUCAAGCCUUGACUUUGACAUGUUUGAGAUUAGACCAGAUGACAUUCUAAUUGAUCAGCUCAGUGGGUGCUGGGAGCAGUGUCCCUUCUGUAAAGUCAUCUGUACAAACACCAUGGCUGACCAUGACACUGACCACAGCGUGAGAUUCCAUCGCUCUAAAGCUCUCGCUGGCUGGAGGUAUGUGCAUUCCACUGAGUUUUCAAUUGACUUUUGCACCACAUCAGUCAGUAGUGAUUCAUGUUUCUUAAAUGCUGAAGGUAAAUCGACACCUCAUAAGGAGUACAGAAAAGCAGGCCCCCCUUAUGACAAAUGGUCAAUCAAGCCAGAUUCUUGUGAAAAAAAGUACUGGAAGUGGUUUGUGUGUGUCUUCAGGAAUAAGCUGCAGGAUAAAUUUGGAGUGAAGUUUGAGGACCGAGGUACAAUUCCAGAUGAUUGGGAAAAAAUCAGUCAGGACAAAGCUGCUGUGGUGAAAGAACUGGGUGUCUGAAUAUGAAUCCAAGUUCAGACCAGCAAUCAUUCAGCCCAUUGAAGGAUACAGACAGUAACUCCAAAAAUGCCACGUGUACCAGUACCAAUCUGUCCAUUCAUCCAUCCUUCCAUGAUCUGACUCACUUCUUCCUGGACCUCAUCUGAAAUGACAUACUUUCCUACUUUUGCAUACAUACAAUGUAGGAGAAAAUUCACAGAACAAGGUGUUCUUCCUCUGUUUUAUGACAAAUCAAUCACAAGUCAAAAUCAGACGAAACUGUCAAACUGUCAGAGUUCAGCAAGCUGGUUCCUCCAAAACCUUAAAGUUUCAGGCCAAAAGUAUACCAAUAUGUAUGUGGCCUAUAAUCAAUGUAUCACAUGUAUGCUGCCUAUUACUCAUAUAAUCAAGAUGCAAGCCAAUGAACCUAUAUCAUUAAUUACAGAUGAGCUUAUGGAAACGCAAGAAACCACCAUUAAUCAAAUGUUAAAGUAUGAUUAAGUAUGCCUAUAUAUUUUCAUAUAUAUAUUUUAACUGCUAAAUUGCGCUAGAAGUAUAGUGACCCAUAUGUAACCUGAAUUGAAUAAAAUAAUGUGUAUACUUAAAGGAAAGUUGGAAAAGUACCGAAUAACACCAUGUUUUGCAUAAUUCAUCUUUUUAUGAUUCUUCUUUGUUAGAAAACAGUUUACAGGACAGGAUGUUUGGCGUUGUGGGGGUGGGCUAUCGUUGUCAAGCACAGUUCACGUAUGAGUCGUGCAGGGCAGGAAGUCUUGUGUGGCGGUUUUGCAGUUCGCAGAACAGCUGUAUGCCUGUACAAUGCGUGAAGAACAUUUAUUUUUAAGAAAAGCCUAUGAUGCAGAAUGUCAGUUAUUUUUGAGCCUUGGAUGUAAAAUGUCAUGUCAAUUAUUUUGGACAAGAGAACAUUUAAGAACAGCUGACAAAACAAACGUCAUGUUUAAAGAAAACAUUUAUUUUAAGAGAAUAGCAUACAAAGCGAAAUUAUAAUUUGGGCGAUUGCCACAAUGAUGAAUCAUUGGGGCAGGACAGAGAGCAGCUGGCAUUUCUGAGGAGGAGUUAUGUUGAAAGAAGUGUAUAAAAUGUGUGUGAAACCAACAAUCGAGGUUCACUUCUACAGAACUGAUCCGGCUUUGUGCACUUGUGCUAAUAAAGUCUUGAAGAGCUUGCUGCCGUGGUGUCUUUUCCCUGUGGCUUUGCAACAAAUUAGAGAUAGGACUUAGAAUUCUGUCGUUUCCUAGACACGACAACACUGAGUACACUGCAAGGAAGUUGUUUUGAGGCAAAAAGUUUCUCGAAUUUUGGUGUUGAUGAUUUACCAGGGUUUCGCUGAGUGUGGAUGUGCCAAAAACUAUUGUCUUCAAAAUAUGUGCCGCAGACUGUCCAAAAUGUCCUCCAUGCUAAAUCCAGCAUGCCCCAGUUAUUUGAGUAUUAAUCACUGAAUAAACUAGGACUCUCUGUAAUAUUAAUGUUGUAUUAUGAAACCUUCAUCAUAUUAAAUGUAAUUGUUUGUUUACAUUAUCCUGAAAAAAUGCUGAUAUGAUUAAAUAUUAAAAAGGAAACCUGUUUUAUUCUGUU